GCAAGAAGGCAUCCCGCAUGUUGCUCACCAACACUCCAUCGACGGCAUGUUUGCUAGUUUUGCUUUGAGUCCUGAUGGCUUGAUGUACGCGGCACCCCCACCACGCCUGGCGCGCUCGCACGACGGAUGCCUGCCUUGUAGACGCAAACGCAAGAAAUGCGACAAAACGAAGCCGCGCUGCCUGCGAUGCAUGAACAGCACCAAUCGCGAUACCUGCGUAUGGCCGCAAAAGAAGGACGAUGAUCGGCGGGAUUCAGUCGAGCCUACGCCAGCUGGGUUGGUCGAGAUAUUCGAUGAUGAGAACCGGGACCACGUGGACCACACGGCUCCCUGCGCCGCCAUCGAGAGCGCCAACGACUGGAUCGUGAGGUUGCCAAGCAUACAGAGGAAUGAUCUCGAUGCGUUAUCACCAUGGCAGUUGCCAGAAGCAGUGCUUCGUGUGUCGCCCGAUCUCUCUGCAACCAAAGUUACGCAAAUAACUCUCGCCCUUCAAAGAAAGAUGCUAUGUCACGAAUCUGAAUUCGAUGGAUCAAUAUUCAUGCUUGGGCUGCCUGGCUCGAAUGCACAUCCGGGAUACAUUCAUGCUUGGACGGCUUGCAGUAUGGCAGCAGUAGCGCCACGGACUGCGCAUUGGCAGCGACGAGCAUUGAUGCACCAUAGUCAAGCCUGCGUCGAGCUGAGGAAAGGCAUUCGUGAUUCUGCGGACGACGACGCGUCUGGCGAGUGGAUGCGUGCUACGGUGCUCAUGCUCUAUCUCUUCGAGAAACAGAGGAGUCGUAAAUUCGUGGAGGCUGGACAGAGCUACGAUACUGCGGCGAUCCAUUUGAAGGCGACACAUCGACUCUUUGACGAGCGCAAGGGUGUCUAUCGGCUGAACACCAUCCACGGCUGCAUGCUAUAUGAGGCGUAUAUAGCGCGGACAGUCGACAAUUACCUCUUCCAACCGGACAGCGCACUGCCUCUCGACUACAUCACACGAUCGAUCGAUUACCACGAGGAGAAUCUCGGAAAACUGGGCAUCCCGGUCGAAAUAAUGACUACUCCGUGGGUUGGACUUUGGGGGCGGAAGUUCACCGACCUCGUCUAUCGACUCUCCUGGAUCGCCCAUCAGAUACCACUCGAUCAAACAAAUACAGAACGUCUUCAGGCCAUUGCAGCCCAGCUGAGCAGCAGAGAACUCAUAAUAGGUGGAUCCGCAUUUGGCAUAGAUGAGGCGACUCUCAAGUACUACACAGACGCACGGCUGGCGUACUGGCACGCUUGUUCGUUCUUCGCCGAUGCGGUGCUUACCGAGGGAUUACGGUUUCCAGUCACCGUAUUUCAGCAACAUCAUGUCCGUGCUGGCAUGGAGCUGAUGAAUGAGCUGACACUCAAAGACCACAUCAAUUCGCAUCUGACGUGGCCACUCGUUGUCCUUGGGUUUGGAGUGGAGGAUGUCGAUCAGCUGGAACUCCACAAGAGUAUGAUGGCACGCCUGGGCCCCUCUGCUGGCGAAGAAACAGUGGAAAAGGCAAAUCAGAUGGUGCAGGCCGUGUUCGAGACGAAGAGGGCUGCGCACGAAGCUGUAAGUGUCGCAGAGUGGAUGCGGCUGAUAGUAUCAUUUAAUAUGUACUCAUGAUACGACGUUCUAACUCUAUUCGCUCAUGAUCCCUCUCAUCCCUUGUCAGUGCCUUCUUCUUUUUUUCCAGUUUGGGCACUGUCAGGAGCUUCCACUAGGCCCCAAUCGCCGUGUGCGAUUUGAUCAGCUUUGUACUUGACCAAUAAGCCCACCGCUAUGGGUCCGAGUAUCGUAUUCAGCAAGAUGGCCCAGAUCGCAGUCAGAAAUCCUGCUUGGGUGACAUAUGGUGUAUUAUUGUAGCCAAUCUCAACAAUUAAAAGACCGAUCUCCCCUCGAGCGACCAUUGCCAUACCCAGAAGCAGGCCUGGGUAUAUGCUUGGCUUCACUCUCGCCGCACGUCCAGCAUCCGCACCUUUUUCCACGGACGGCAACUCAGAUUUGCCUGUGCUGUCUUUCGAGCUCGAGCAUGAUGCCCAUACCGGCAGCCAGAUGCCUACUAGGAACUUUCCCAGCACCAUGAGAAGUGUGUACACAACUCCAUGCCAGAUAGCC